AUGGAUUUAUCUUGCACUGGAACUGAAAAAUACAAGAGAGGGGGUAAUUCAGAGAAGAUAAGCUUACAUCGCCCCAAGAAGUCAGUGGAAUUAGAAGGGGUCAUGAUGGAUACUAUUGAUUCAGGUUUAGAAAACCCAUCAACUGUACCAAUAUCAAGUUGUUUCACUGGUAUACUUCAUGAUAACAGUAGUUCAGCUUUAUUAGGUGAAGAUUUAAAUGACGACGCUUUUCAAGCUGAGGUUGCCAAAAAAACUCAAACCCACCUACUAGGGUUGCAGGAGGCAGAAAUAGAAGUUAUUAUAGACAGAUUGAUGAAGAGAGAAGGAGGGAAAGAUCAGGCUUUAUUGCAUAUUGUUACACAAUCACCAACAGAAUUAAAGGUUCUACUGUUCUUAAAUACAUUAUUACAUAAAGGUGCUAAUCCCUCUACAGCAGAUACAGAAUGGAAAACACCAUUACAUCAUGCUGUUAAACGUAAUUUUAAAGGUGUCUGCAGUAAAUUAUUAGAGAAUGAUGCUUUACCUCAUGUAAGGGAUAGAGAAGGAAAGAUGCCAUUCCAUAUUGCCUUAGAAAAUAAAAAUGAUAGCAUUGCAGCCAUGUUGUUAGUAAGCAUGCCUAAUUUAGUAGUUCGUACUCUUUAUACAAGUAGUGGUUCCAUGCCUUCAGAAUUAAAGUUUCAUGAUUUACUUGAUUGUGACAGUAAUCUUAGUAUGGAGAAAACUGCUCUAGGAGUUUUAGACUGUAUGAUGGACUAUAUAGGUGAUAGUGGAAAUGUUCGGGUGUAUUACCAUGUAUUAGAGGCUGAUCUUAAAGGUCAUUCACCACAACAUGAAGAUUUUGAUGGUUCCUCUAAAUCAUGUCUUCAACUUAUAUCUAAGAAUGGCUUAAAGACUCUGGUAUUUCAUGAUGUAGUCCGAUUGUUGAUUAGAAGGAAAUGGAAAUUAUAUGCAAGGUUCAGAUUUCAAUUAAACUGUGCUGUAUUUUUAUUGACAUUGUUUGCAAUGACGUUUACUGCUGUAGUAGCUGUUGAUACAGUAGACCCAGCACAAUAUCAUGGGCCAUUACAAAUAGCUCGAGCUGUGUUUGAAGUAUGGUGGUAUGUACAUGCUGUCAUAACAUUUAUACUGGAAUUAAACCAAAUGAGAAAGCACAAAUUAGACUAUUGGAAGGAUAAGUUUAAUUGGUUAGAUUGGUUAUCAUCUAGUUUAUUAAUAACUGUAGCACCACUACGAUUUACUAACCAUACAGAACAGUGGGCUGUUUUCUCUAUAGGUUAUCUAUUAUGGACUAUUAGAAUCUUUAAAUAUGCUGCUGUUUCAAGACAAACUGGUGCCUAUGCUCAGAUAUUAUGGAGAAUUGUUGGUCAUGAUUUCCUACAGUUUCUAUCUGUGUUUACUGUUAUUUUGGUUGCCUUUAGUGGAUCAUUUGUUCUUGCUUUAAGAGGAGAAAAUUCCUUACAGCUUCACUCUGAAACUAGUUCAUUCUGGGAGAUCCUGUUGUCUGGUAUAAGAAUUUUAAUCGAAGCUGAACCUGUGACAGAAUAUUAUGGUGAUAGAGGAUAUGGUGCACUAGGCUGUAUACUAAUGGUGAUAUUUCUAUUUACGUGUUGUGUAGUGUUAUUAAACAUAUUAAUAGCUCAGUUGUCUGAUACUUAUCAACACGUUCAACGGGAUGCACAGCGUGGGUUGGAGUUAAAUCGAGCAUGGAUCAUAGCACGUGUAGAGUUAAAUAGUAUCAGAAUAGGAAAGGGAUUUAGAGUAACCCAUUACUUAGAAAGAGAAGAUAUAAAGAAUCCACAAGAAUUAUUGGUAAAAUGGGAAACUCCACCAUUAAAUGAAAUGAAUAAAACUAUAUUAGAUCUACAUGAUGGUCUUGAAUCUCAUAAACUCAAUCUUAUUACCAUUAAAAAUAGAAUGGCUAAACAAGAAUAUAUUCUGACUAGAAUGCAGGAGCAGCUAGAUAUUUUGGUACCAUUAGAUAAACCUACAAAGCCUCUUCCAUCUAAAUUCACACUACAAGAUCCAGGAGACGAUGAAGGUGACAACAAAAAUUAG